CAGCUCGUGCUCGUCGUAGCCAGAUGCCCCCCCGCCGGAGCGGACCCGCUCGUUUCCCUGCCGUCCAAGCCGACCGGAGCCUGAGCUGAAGGAUGCAGGUGAAAAACCAGAUCUGCGCCGAGCGGAGCAGCACCGACGACCCGGAGCAGGAUGACGGCCAGAAGAAGACCUCCUGUUUUUCCAACAUCAAGAUCUUCCUGGUGUCCGAAUGUGCGCUCAUGCUGGCGCAGGGCACCGUGGGCGCCUAUCUGGUGAGUGUUCUCACCACGCUGGAGAGACGCUUCAACCUCCAGAGUGCCGACGUCGGCGUCAUUGCCAGCAGCUUCGAGAUCGGCAACCUGGCUCUCAUCCUGUUCGUCAGCUACUUCGGGGCCAAGGCCCACCGGCCCCGCCUGAUCGGCUGCGGGGGGAUUGUCAUGGCGCUGGGGGCGCUGCUGUCGGCUCUGCCGGAGUUCCUGACUCAUCAGUAUGAGUACGAGGCCGGGGAUUCGUGGCAUGCCGAGGACGGCAGGGAUGUUUGUUCCAACAUCACCAGGUCAGAGAACCGAGACUCUGGGUUCCAAUGUGGCAGCAGAGCCAACACCAACAUGAUGUACCUCCUUCUGAUCGGGGCCCAGGUGCUGCUGGGCAUCGGGGCCACUCCUGUGCAGCCUCUGGGAGUGUCCUACAUCGACGACCACGUUCACAGGAAGGACUCCUCGCUCUAUAUAGGUAUCCUAUUCUCCACGCUGGUGUUCGGCCCGGCCUGCGGCUUCAUCCUGGGCUCAGUCUGUACCAAAGUCUACGUGGACGCCGUCUUCAUCGACACCAGUCAGCUGGACAUCACCCCCGAUGACCCCCGCUGGAUUGGGGCGUGGUGGGGGGGCUUCCUCCUGUGCGGUGCCUUACUCUUCCUGUCGGCGCUCUUCAUGUUCGGCUUCCCGCAGGCGCUGGACGGACAGGACCUGGACAGCGGCGGGGAGAGCGAGCAGGCCAUGCUGCCCUCUCCCCUGACGCUGGACUACCAGGCGUCCAAACCCAACGGGGCCGUCCACGGCUUCGACGUGAACGGCGGGCUGUCGGUGUGCGAGCACCUCCGAGUGAUCCCCCGGGUGACCAGGCACCUUCUGUCCAACCCCGUCUUCAGCUGCAUCACCCUGGCAGCGUGCAUGGAGAUCGCCGUGGUCGCUGGCUUUGCUGCUUUUCUGGGCAAAUACUUGGAGCAGCAGUUCAACCUGACCACCUCCUCGGCCAAUCAGCUGCUUGGAAUGACGGCCAUCCCCUGCGCCUGUCUGGGAAUCUUCCUCGGGGGGCUGCUGGUCAAGAAGCUCAACCUGUCAGCGCUGGGCGCCGUCCGCAUGGCCAUGCUGGUCAACCUGGUGUCCACCGCCUGCUACGUCUCCUUCCUCUUCCUGGGCUGUGACACCGGACCUGUGGCCGGGGUCACUGUGGCCUACAGCAACGAGACGCUGCAGUCGUGGCAGCGGCCCGAGUCGGCCUGUAUCAGUAACUGUAACUGCUACACGGCGUCGGUGAGCCCCGUCUGCGGCUCCAACGGAGUCACCUACCUCUCCGCCUGCUUCGCUGGCUGCACCAAACCGAACCUGAGCAGCUGCGCCUGCAUCUCUGGCGGCGGCGGCGGCGACGAGGCGGCGGCGCUGCCGGGGAAGUGUCCCAGUCCGGGCUGCCAGCAGGCCUUCCUCACCUUCCUGUGCGUCAUCUGUGUGUGCAGCAUGAUCGGAGCCAUGGCCCAGACCCCCUCCGUCAUCAUCCUCAUCAGGACCGUGACCCCGGAGCUGAAGUCGUACGCGCUGGGCGUUCUCUUCCUGCUCCUCAGACUCAUCGGCUUCAUCCCUCCCCCCCUGAUCUUCGGCAUGGGCAUCGACUCCACCUGUCUGUUCUGGAGCUCCGUCUGCGGGGAGAAGGGAGCCUGCAUGCUGUACGACAACGUGGCCUACAGGCACCUGUACGUCAGCAUCGCCAUCGUCCUCAAGUCGUCGGCCUUCGUCCUGUACGCCACGACUUGGCAGUGCCUGAGGAAGAACUACAGGAAAUACAUCAAGAACAGCGAGGGGUACCUGACUCCCACCGAGCUCUUCGCCUCCAACGUGACUCUGGACAAUUUAGGCAAAGAGAUCAGCCAGAAUCCAGCCAACAGGACAAAGUUCAUAUACAACCUGGAGGACCAGGAGACGUGUGACAACAUGGAGUCCGUUUUAUAGUCCUGCACUC